UCGACAACAGCAGUCUUCCCCAAGACAGCAGUUUUCACAGCAGCUAUGAGUACAGCUUGGAGGACAUGAGCAACCUUAUGGCCAGCAGGAGACAGAAAGCGGGGGACGAUGGAGAGCGGAGUCUCAUAGGACCUCCAUCUGGGGGUGCAAAUGAGAAUCUCCUGGAUCGAGAGCCCUCCACGCCACUUUUUGUCUAUCUGUUGGCAUUUUUUUCUGCCUUGGGGGGAUUCCUCUUUGGGUAUGACACUGGAGUGGUCUCUGGUGCUAUGCUGCUCCUAAAGAAGGAGAUGAACCUGAAUGCCCUGUGGCAGGAACUCCUGGUUUCCAGUACUGUGGGAGCUGCAGCGCUCUCUGCCCUGAGUGGAGGCUUCCUGAAUGGAUGGCUGGGGCGCAGGAUUUGUAUCCUUGUGGCCAGCUUUAUCUUCAGUGUCGGUGGCAUCAUAAUGAGUCUGGCCCCGGACAAGGUGGUCCUUCUUGUUGGCAGAAUUAUAGUUGGUUUGGGCAUAGGCAUUGCUUCCAUGACUGUUCCCGUAUACAUCGCAGAGGUUUCCCCUCCUCACCUGAGAGGUCAGCUGGUCACUAUCAAUUCCCUCUUUAUCACUGGUGGCCAGUUCAUUGCCAGUGUGGUUGAUGGGGUUUUCAGCUACCUGAGACAUGAUGGCUGGAGGUACAUGUUGGGCCUUUCCACCCUUCCUUCCGUGCUGCAGUUUUUUGGUUUUAUUUUUCUGCCUGAGAGCCCUCGUUGGCUCCUCCAAAAGGGCCGGAGCGAAGAGGCCCGUCAGGUUCUCAGCCAGAUCAGAGGAGGCCAGAAUGUUGAUGAGGAGUAUGACACCGUCAGAACCAGCAUUGAGGAAGAGGAGAGAGAAGCAGGUGAAGGUCGGCUUGUUAUUUUGCGUGUUCUCAGACAUGCUCCAACUCGCCGGGCUCUCAUCGUUGGUUGUGGGCUUCAGAUGUUUCAGCAGCUGUCUGGGAUAAACACCGUCAUGUAUUACAGUGCAACCAUUCUGCAGAUGGCUGGGGUGCGUGAUGAUAAACAGGCAAUAUGGUUGGCUGCAGCAACUUCAGCUACCAACUUUGUGUUUACCUUAUUGGGAGUCUGGCUUGUGGAGAAAGUGGGUCGCAGGAAGUUGACGCUGGGCAGUCUUUUAGGUACUGGUCUGAGCCUGGCUUUGUUGGCAGUUGGGUUCUUGCUGUCUGCCCUGAACUCUCCUCCUAUAACCGUCCACCCAUUUGACCCUCAAAACUCAACCUGUAGCAUAUAUGGGUCUUGUGAGGGCUGCAUGUUGAAUCCGGAUUGUGGAUUUUGUUUCCUUGAAAAUGGCACCAACGUGUAUGGCUCCUCCUGUGUUCCGGUCAAUCAGUCAUGCACGGAUCACGCGGCCUGGGGAAGGUGUUCCAAUCGAACAGAAACGAACAACAGUCCAAUUUGGGCCUACAACUACUGUCCCACACCCUACUCCUGGAUUGUUCUUCUGGGCCUCAUCCUCUACCUUGCAUUCUUUGCUCCAGGAAUGGGCUCCAUGCCUUGGACAGUGAACUCGGAGAUCUACCCACUGUGGGCGCGCAGUACUGGCAACGCCUGCUCAGCCGGGGUCAACUGGAUCUUCAACGUUCUGGUGUCUCUGACAUUUCUUCAUGUUGCAGAGUUCCUUACUUAUUAUGGUGCAUUCUUCAUGUACACGGGCCUGGUGGUGUUGGGUCUCCUCUUUGUGCUGGGCUGCCUCCCAGAGACCAAGGGCCUGCAGCUGGAGGAGAUUGAGCACCUGUUCACCGGUCGGCUCUGCUCCUGUGGAGAUCCCUCACCCAGCGACAAUCGUCAUGUCCACUACAUCCGGGUAAAAGGCAGCAACUACCUCCCCUCUGACAACGACGCCUCAGAUGUAGAGUAGACUGGGACGGCUUCUUUCCCCUCUGUCUUUUGGUUUCCCCGUCUUGUUGUUUAAAGAUUGGGAUGGCUGCUCACGCAGGGAGGAAAGGUAGUCACGUCUCGAACGUGACCAAACACAGGCUUGAGCUCCCCGGGGGCUGACUGUAACUGAUGCUUUCCUUCAUUCAAGCGAAUCUUUCUUUAUUUUUACUUCUGCUUUUAUCUCGCCUGGGAAUCAGGCUACAUCGUAUUUAUUUCUUUAGUGCAUUCUCCUUAUUUCCCAUAAUCUUUCAUGCAAUUAAAAAAAAGGGAAUAUUGUGACAGUGUUGCUGGGAUCAUAAAAUCCUUGUUUUCCAAACUGAUCCGACAAUAAUGACAGAUAUUAUUUUUAGAAACAAUUGAUGGAUAAUUCACACAGUUGGUUGCUUUGCUGACUCAUCAUUUAUUUUAACAUAUUUCCCUUAAGUUGCAUGAUUUCUGUCUAAUCAUCCAUUGUUUAUAGAAUACAUAAAUGAUAUACCAGCAAGAAUGUCUUUGUUAAAAAGUCAUGGUGUGGUGUCUAGAAACGAAACUACUUUCACUCUUUUCUGCCAUAUUUGGACUUUUGCAUAUCUGCACAAUCUUUUAUAAAUCAUUAACAUGGGUUUAAUCUUUUAAUCAGGUGUAAAAAAAGAAAAAAAAAGAAAAGCUAAUCACUUGUUUCUGUUGAUUGCAAAGUGGGAAAGUUUGCACUUUAAAGCCAGAAAGGUGUCUUUAAGAAAACAUGAAGUUCAUGUUUUCUAUGUGCCAGAUUGCUAUAGCAAGUUGUUGUUUUUUUGUUUUUUUUUUUAGCAAAGUUUGGAAUUCAGCCCAGCAAACUAUGGAGCUGUGGAGUCAGACAGUGGUAUAGCCUAUAUAACUGUAAGUAAUAUGUCGAGGUAUUAAAGUGCUACAUAGGUUCAUGUUAUAACAGUAAUAAAAAUGUCUUUCAUGUUCACUUUUAUAUCUUUGUUGUUGCAGCUCAGAUAAUCCUGAUCAAGUACCCCGAACAACUUCCUACAGAGAUUUUUUUGUACAGAAUGUCAGUUUUUGCACUGGAUUAAAUACCAGGUUGCUUUAUUGGCACUGCUGGCAUUUACAGAUGAUAGAUUUCUUAAAUUUUUAAUGUGUUUUUUUUUUUUUUUUUGGUAACUCAAAUACAGGCCAUGAAGUGUUUGGAAAUUGCACAAAACGCCCACACGGGAACACAAGUAUACUUGAUACUUGUAGCCACGUAAUCUGUAGUUACAGAUCUAUUGUCCGUUCACAUAAUGCUGCAUUGGUUGCGAAAAAUCACAAGAAAACCAAUGUCAUGAUCGUGUCACCCAUCCACUUUUCAUCCAAAAUCAAUCAAUUUCCCUCCUGUGCUGGACAAGAGUAGACUCCUGCCACCUUUGUACAAGAGUCAUCAUUUUCCCCUCAGGUGAACAGCUGAUUGCUCAUUUGUCUUGACAGUUUUGGGGGGAAAAUAUUUCAGGCUAAAAGGCCAUAAAUCCAUUUUAUAGAUAAAUGAGGCCAUCAGCAUCAACAUUUUGUAUAGAAAAAGUUACAUCUGUUUACAAGUUACAUUGUCUUUUGUUUUCUUCUGUUCAUUAAAUGUCAUAUGUGAGAAAUAAAUGUAUACAUGUCAAAGCAGCCUGAGCUGUGAAGUCAGUUAAUGUGUGUAUGAAAAGUGUUGCACAAGUAUAACAGAAAGUAAUGAAUCAAAAAUGUACUGUAGUGUUUAGAUGUGCCUUAAGGCAAC